AUGUCUCAACGUGAGCAGCAGAAACCAGCGGCCUCCACGGCCGUUCAACAGAGUGACAACAUCGCGCACGCGCUGGCGGGUGCCGGAGGUGGAAUCCUGUCGAUGGUUUUGACAUACCCUCUGAUCACUCUAUCGACGAGAGCCCAGGUCGAGUCCAAGAGGGCCCACUCUACCACCCUGGACGCAGUCCGUCGUAUUGUCCAGCGAGAGGGCAUCUCUGGACUCUAUUCGGGUUUGGAAUCGGCCCUGUUCGGCAUCAGCGUCACCAACUUCGUGUAUUAUUACUGGUAUGAGUGGACCCGGUCAACUUUUGAGAAGGCGGCCACUCAGGCUGGCCGGGCCUCAAAGAAGCUCACGACGGUCGAGUCCAUGAUUGCAGGUGCGAUUGCUGGCAGUGCGACGGUGCUGAUCACCAACCCCAUCUGGGUCAUCAACACUCGCAUGACGGCUCGCCGGUCCGAGUCGGAGGAACAGACCCUGCCCGGGGCCACCAAGAAGGCCAAGGCAUCCACCCUCAGCACUCUGAUGGAUUUGCUGCGACAGGAGGGCCCCAAAGGUUUGUUCGCCGGUGUUCUCCCGGCGCUGAUCCUGGUGAUCAACCCAAUCCUACAGUAUACCAUCUUUGAGCAGCUGAAAAACGUUGUCGAGCGCCGCCGCCGGAUGACGCCCAAGGAUGCCUUCUACCUGGGUGCUCUCGGGAAAAUUUUGGCCACCAGCAUCACCUAUCCCUACAUUACUAUCAAGAGCCGGAUGCACGUGGCUAGCAAAGGUGGUCCCAAGGAGAGCCUGAAUGGCAGCCUCAAGAGAAUCAUUCGGGAAGAGGGAUGGACGGGACUGUACAAGGGAAUUGGGCCGAAGGUGACCCAGAGUGCCAUUACUGCCGCAUUCCUCUUUGCCUUCAAGGAUGUGCUGUAUGAUAUGAUGAUCUCAAUGCGCAAGAAGAACACUAUCCGCAAGUGA